AUGAUGCAGCCAGGUAUGCAGAUGCCCAUGGGCGCCGGUGGAAUGCCACAGCUUCCUGGAAACGUCGGAAUCGCAGUUGACGAGUAUGGCAGGCCGUUUCUUGUCAUGCGUGACCAGGAGCAACAAAACCGAGUCACCGGAGUCGAAGCUAUCAAAGCUCACAUUCUUGCCGCCAAGGCUGUCAGCUCUACUCUGAGAACUUCUCUCGGACCCAACGGUAUGGAUAAAAUCAUGGUCUCUCCAGACGGUGAAGUCACGACCACUAACGACGGUGCCACCAUUCUUGACAAGAUGGAUGUCCAGCAUAACGUUGCCAAGCUCCUCGUCGAACUGUCCAAAUCUCAAGAUGAUGAGAUUGGUGAUGGCACCACUGGCGUCGUCGUCCUCGCUGGUGCUCUUUUGGAACAAGCCGAGCCACUCUUGGACAGAGGAAUUCACCCUAUCCGAAUUGCUGAUGGUUAUGAUAAGGCCUGUCAAGUUGCCCUCAAAACUCUCGACAGAAUUGCCGAGGAUUUUCCUAUCUCUGACAAGGAUAUGCUCAAGCGAACAGCCAGAACUACUCUUGGCUCUAAAAUUGUCAACCGAUGCCAUGAUCAGUUCGCCGACAUCGCUGUUGAGUCCGUUCUUGCCGUCGCUGAUUUCGAAAAGAAAGAUGUUAACUUUGAACUCAUCAAAAUGCUCACCAAGGUCGGAGGAAAGCUCGAUGAUACUCAGUUGAUCAAGGGCGUUGUCAUCGACAAGGACUUUAGUCACCCUCAGAUGCCCAAGCAAGUUGAAAACGCUAAACUCGCAAUUUUGACUUGCCCAUUCGAACCUCCAAAGCCAAAGACGAACCACAAGCUUGAUGUCACCUGUGUAGAAGACUACAAACAAUUACAAACUUACGAGCGGGAAAAAUUCGAGGAAAUGAUCAAACAAGUGAAGGAUACUGGAGCUAACCUCGCCAUUUGCCAGUGGGGUUUCGACGACGAAGCCAACCAUCUCCUCCUCCAGAAUAACUUACCAGCUGUCCGAUGGGUCGGUGGUCCCGAAAUUGAGCUUAUCGCUAUCGCCACUGGCGGUCGUAUCGUCCCCCGAUUCCAGGAGCUCACCAAAGAGAAACUCGGCGAAGCUGGUAUCGUCCGAGAAAUCGACCUUGGUACCACUAAAGAGCGAAUGUUGGUCGUCGAACAGUGCAAGAACAGCAAGGCUGUCACAGUUUUCAUCCGAGGCUCCAACAGAAUGGUCAUUGCCGAGGCCGAGCGAUCCCUCCACGACGCUAUCUGCGUCGUCCGAAAUCUCAUCCGAGAUUCAAGAAUCGUCUACGGUGGUGGCGCUCCUGAAGUUGCUUGUGCUCUUGAUGUUGCUGAAGAAGCUGACAAUACUUCUGGACUCGACCAGUGGGGCAUGCGAGCAUUCGCUUCAGCUCUUGAAAGCGUACCCAUGGCCUUGGCUGAGAACUCCGGUUUGAAUCCAGUUGAGACUUUGACUGAUCUCCGAUCUGACCAAAAGACCACUGGAAACCCCCGACUUGGUGUUGAUGCUCUUUAUACCGGAGAUCGAGAUAUGAAGGUCCAAAAUGUUGUGGAGACCCUCGUUGGAAAGAAACAGCAGCUCUCGCUAGCAACACAGCUCGUUCGAAUGAUCUUAAAAAUCGACGACGUCAGAACGGUCGGCGCUCAAUAA